AUGCGUGGCGCCUACUGUCACGGUGACCCGCACUGCCAAACGUUCGAUGGUCUUUACUACGACUGCCAUGGGGACGGUGACUUCGUGCUGCUCGAAUCGGCAGACGCGGGAGCCGUGGUGCACGCGCGGUUUGAGCCGCUCGUCAGCCCCGAUGCCUCUUUCACCACCGGCGUGGCCGCCACCGAGGACGGAUCCUCGGUCAUCGAGGUCACCGUAAGCGGCGGCGAGCGCACCAUCCUAAUCGACGGAGAGGCGUAUGCGUACGGCGAAGGAGACGACUUGCCCGCAACCAUGACGGGGGUAGCCCUCACGGUCACCGACCAAAACGUGGACAUGUGGUUUCCCUCGGGGUUGCAAGUGAAUGCCAGGCGCUGGUUCACGGACCCGAACUACAUCGGGGGCGUCUACGUGUACGCGCCACUCGAUAUGUCCACGGUCGGCGUUCUCGGCACCAAUAACGGCAACAGAGUCGACGAUUGGACGGACUCCACAGGCGAAACGAUCGAACAGGGAUCGGCGUCUAUCGCCGAAGGAUACAACUACUGCACAUCCAACUGGGAAGCGGAAGAGAGCCUGCUUACAACUCCCUCGCGCCGCCUCCGUUCGCGCCACUUGCAAACCAGCGACUAUACCGCGCUGGUGAUCCCAGAUGCCAUCCCCACCGAUGUGGAAGAGCUGUGUGGCGAUAACACCGAGUGCAUCUUCGAUGCGAUCGUCGCCGGCCUGGACGUGGGAGCUGCCACCCUUGAAGCCGCCGAGGAGUUCCACACGGAAGUUCAAGCGGCUGGGGGUGACGUGUGCGAAGAAAACACCUUCAGCAGCGACGGGUUGUCUCCGUGCACCGACUGCCCCGAGGGGGAAACCUCCGGCAGGGGCGCCGUCGUCUGUGAAGGCUCUCUUGCAGUUGGGUGCUACGGGGACGACCGAGAAGACCGUAUCAUGGACGAUCUAGCUCUUUCCGACUACUCCAUGACAACCGAGGUGCUUCUGACAUCAGCUGUGCGGGCUUACAUGCCUUGGAAGCACCUACUUCGCCACCCAGUACGGGCAAGAGGAGACGCUGACCAAACGUGCGGCGGAUUCGACGCCGCCAACGUCUACCAAUACACGGAUGGGAACGCUCCGACAUCAUCGUUCGUGGGAUGCUACCAAGACGAAUCGGACGCCCGCAUCAUGGAACUCGCGCUGACGGACAGUUCUUCCAUGACCAUGGAGAUAUGCGAGGCGGAGUGCACCGGAAACACGUACUUCGGGUUGCAGUACGGGAGGGAGUGCUUCUGCGGCGGCAGUUCAACCGACCUCUUGGAGCACGGAGAGUCAAGUGCCUGCAACUACGAGUGCCCUGGUGACUCUGAUCAAGUGUGCGGAGGAUUCUACGCCAUGAGCGUGUACUCCUACUCGUAGUGUCAAGGAAUCGCGAUGUCUCCUGGCUUGGUAUCAGAAUUGGUGUUGGUGCAGUGUACUCCAAGCUACCGCAAUAAGAAGACUUUAGAUAACCUCCCCCCGACAUGGUAGGGGACAUGUUCGAAAAUGCGGAAGGCACAAUACGAUCUAUUUCCACGGUACAAAACGUUGCCAUCGGCAUUGAUGGUGCACCCCAUCCAAUGUGUCUGUAUAUGCUAUUCGUUGGCGUGUCCGGAUCGAGGACGGCACGUUGCCUCUGUGUAAUUGUGGUACGUUGGCCCGCCUGUUGGAAUUGGGACUAGUUGUUUGGAGGCAAGUUGUUUUUGUUCGCACGAUGGUAACGGUGGAGGAGCGCAAGACGCGGGGAAUACCAAUGCUUGUAAGUUCAAUCGUGCGUAGGGAGUGGGAACUUGUUCCAAUGGUGGUUUACGUUGUAGAUGAUAUCCAACUAGACAUAUACUGGUGUGAAUUUAGACGCAUGCUGGUGUGUAUUUAGGCAGAACAGUGUACCGGAGAUCCAGCGUCUCCACAACAGAAAGAGAGGCACCCAUGUCGGAUCAGCUCCGAUUGAGAAAGGGACGGGGAUGUCGAAAACGCAAUGUGUGUUUCACAUUGAUGUAUUGCCUUUGUUUCCCCGUAUGGUAGAGAUUUCAUACAGUUAUUGCCCGCGUUUAAGAAGAGUCAACUUGGGGUCGAGGUUCAGUUUCAUAUUUCGUCUCCACCGUCGAGGUCAGUGUAAGGAUCCGUGGCUGAGGUGUGUUUCUUAGUCGAUGUUUCAUAUUG